AUGAGAGAAUCUGGUCAUUGGUGGCAAUCUGGUCGAGAGGAGGGGCGAGAUUCCGACGAUGAUAAGCAAUUCGCCAUUGGGUGGGUGGAGAUGGAGGAGAUGGUGGAAGUUGAUCAUGUGGUGGUGGAAAGUUAUGCCUUUUUUCAAUCGGAUGAUGGUGGUGGUGGUUUGAAUAUUGGUCGCCUCCAGAUAUUAUGA